AUGCUCAUCCUCCUCCUCCUCACCCUCCUCUGCCUCGCCUUCCUCCUAGCAUAUAUCAUCUACCUCCCCCCGCGCUGGCUCAUAUCUUACUUCCAACACCGUCACCCAGACGUCCUCUUCACCUUCCCCCUCCCCCCCACCCAAAAAACCUACGCACUCACAAUCGACGACGCGCCCUCCGCCCACACACCCGCCCUCCUCUCCCUCCUAGCCCACCACAACGCAACAGCCACAUUCUUCAUCAUCGGCUCGCAAAUCUCCUCUGUCCCCAACGGCCGACAAAUACUCAAAGACAUCCUAUCCCAAGGCCAUGAAGUCGGGAAUCACGCCGUUCACGAUGAACCUGCCAUCUCUCUCCCUCUUCCCGAGCUGUCAGCCCAGAUCAGCGAGCUGGAUGCACAACUCCCGAAGAAUUCGAGGGGCACGAAGUGGUUCCGUCCUGGUUCGGGGUUUUUUAGUAGGGAGAUGGUGAAGGUGGUGGGGGAGUUGGGGUAUAGAACGGUGUUGGGGAAUGUGUAUGCGCAUGAUGCGCAGAUUGGGUGGGCGGGGUGGAAUGCGUGGGUUAUUGGGCGACGGGUGAGGAGGGGAGGUGAUGUGGUUAUUGUGCAUGAUCGGAGGAGUUGGAGUGGGAGGCAGCUUGAGGGGGUGUUGAAGGGGUUGGGCGAGAAGGGGUGGAGGGGGGUUAGUUUGGGUGAGAUGGAGGGGUUGGUUGAGGAGGGGAAGAAAGGGGGGUAA